AUGAACUACCCGCUUUCCAAGGAGGCUAAUGCCCUGCGCGAACAAAUCAAGGAAAUGAUACCUGAGACGGCAACAGAGGAGGAUAAAAAAGGAACUCUAAAAGCCACUGCUUCUAUUGAUACGGAAGGAAACAAGACUUAUUCUAGCGUGCAACUCCACUCACUGGUGUUGAAAAUGGUUAAGGAAAUGGAUAUUGGAGAGGGCUGGGGUUGGAAUUUGGGGCACUUCUCAGUACCGAAACCCAUACGCAACAAAUACAAUCAGAUGUACCUUGUUCCACUAUCUGAGGAGACAAUCUUGACGCCUGGUGGACCUCUGAAAGAGGGAACGUACACUUUCACUACUACCGAGCCUACACUUAGCCCAAACGCCACCGUGAUAUUUGUCGUCCCAUACCGAAGUGCUGGGGAAUGA